UUGGCAGAAUCGGUGGAUGAUAUCCUCUACUUGGUGCAGCUCGCAGAGCAAUCUGAAAGAUAUGACGACAUGGUGGAGUUCAUGGAGAAGGUCACGGAGGCAGCGGAGGCAGAACAAGAGGAUCUCACCGCCGAUGAGCGAAAUCUCCUCUCCUUAGCCUACAAAUGCGUGAUCGGACCCCGCCGGGCCGCGUGGAGGACCGUCUCGUUGGCCGAGCUGAAGGAGGAGAGUCGCGGGAAUGCGGAUCGCGUCAAUGCGAUCAAGGAAUACAGAGCUAAGAUUGAAUCGGAGCUAACCACGAUCUGCGGCGGAAUCCUCAAUCAGCUCGAAUCUCGCCUCAUCCCCUUGGCAGUAACCGAUGAAUCUAAGGUGUUUUACCACAAAUUGAAGGGCGAUUACUACCGAUAUCUCGCCGAGUUCAAAACCGAAUCUGAUCGUAAGGAUGCCGCCGACAAAACGCUUGAAGCCUACCAAUCUGCUAUGGACAUUGCUGUGGAACGGCUUUCGCCGCAUAGCAUCCUUCGUUUGGGACUUGCUUUGAAUUUUUCCGUGUUCUACUUUGAGAUAUUGAAUUAUCCCCGUGAGGCUUGCACUCUUGCGAAGAGG